AUUGGCUAAAUGUGAUUGGAUACACAAGGAAUCUGUCUUGGUGCAUAUGCUCUCAAUGUACAUAAAAGAAAAGAUACGUUCAUCAAGGUAUAACAUUUACAACACAAUUGAUGGUCAAUAUAUCAAUAUAAAUCAUAAGGAUUGCCAGCAACAAAAUUACAGUCAUACAGUCAUAAGUGGAAAGAGAUUGGUGAUGGGAACGAUGAGAAGAUUAAAUAGUAGUGAAGAUUUAGUAAAUAAUUUGACAGUGUUAAGGGAAUUAUUUGUUUAGCAGAGUGAUGGCCUUCGGGGAAAAACUGUUCUUGUGUCUAGUUGUUCUGGUGUGCAGUGCUCUAUAGCGUCGUUUUGAGGGUAGGAGUUAAAACAGUUUAUGUCCUGGAUGUGAGGGGUCUGUAAGUGUUUUCACAGCCCUCUUCUUGACUCGUGCAGUAUACAGGUCCUCAAUGGAAGGCAGGUUGGUAGCAAUUAUUUUUUCUGCAGUUCUAAUUAUCCUCUGAAGUCUGUGUCUUUCUUGUUGGGUUGCAGAACCGAACCAGACAGUUAUGGAGGUGCAAAUGACAGACUCAAUAAUUUCUCUGUAGAACUGGAUCAGCAGCUCCUUGGGCAGUUUGAGCUUACUGAGUUGGCGCAGAAAGAAUAUUCUUUGUUGUCCUUUUUGAUGUUAGCUGUCCAUUUUAGAUUUUGCAAUAUGAUAGAACCUAGAAAUUUAAAGGUCUCUACUGUUGAUACUGUGUUGUCUAGUAUUGUGAGAGGUGGAAGUAUGGAAGGAUUUCUCCUAAAGUCUACCACCAUUUCUACAUUCUAUAUUUACACAAUAAAUGAAUGACUGCUGGCCAACUCUUUCUUUAAGCAGUAAUUGUUAUUGAUCGAUGGGCAUCUCAGAUAGCACCCAAUGGAACACACAUAUGAUUCAACUUCAAAUUUCUCACAAGGAGGCAGCCACCAAUGCUUAAUAACACAUAGCUUAGGACUUCCUAAGGACUUUAUGAUAUGCCGCUAAAGUUUGCUAAUGAAAGAGCAAAUGCCAUUAGACAUCCCCAAGUUUUGAGACUGUUUUUUUGGUUGGAUCCCAUCUUUGCAAAUCUCUCCAUGUUUUUCUAUUUCCUAUAAAGUCUCUUGCUGAGAUUUGGCUUGAGCAAAAAAAAAACCCCUCAAGUGUAGAGCAUGUUCGUUGGAUUAUGAUGACCAACUUGUAUGCUUUUGGUCAGGAUUUACAAGCUUUGUAACUUACUAGUAUUCUCAUUCUCUGCAGAUGAGGGAAGCUAUUUUUCUGACUUAGAGGAUUACGAAAGCGACUGGGAUUCAGGUAAGCACAUAUUUCUUAACUUCGCAUCCAAACCAUCUAGGGGAAAUUAGCUGUGAGAAGACAGAUCGAUUGAAUUGGUUAAUAAAGAUUUUUGCUAAUUCAGCAUUUUCCAAAGGUGGUUUGCCCACAAUUUUUAAAAUUCAUUACCAGAACUGGGAAAAUGUGGUAAUUGGUGGGGAAGUCAUAGUUCAGUACACUUAAGAAUGUUAGGUUAGGGCAGGGUGCUAAAGAAAGCCAGGUUUACAUGCUAUAUUUGAGCCAUAAUUUGCUGACUUUGUUCAGAAUGCAAUAAAUGUUUGGUUCAAAUAAAACCAAUGUUGGCUUUACACAAAACUCUUUAAUAUAAUCCGCUGUUUACAGUCAUUUGCACAAUAUAAAAACCUGGUUAUGGCUCAGAACAAAUCCUGCUAAUUAUACUAGUCAGAAAGCAAGAUCUAAAGUUGACUUGAGAACAGGAUAAAAAUGUAGGCACGCGCCCUUUGUGCAACGCAGGCCAGGGGAAUUGUGUUAUCUUAAGAAACUGGGUGUGAUGGAAUUCUACACUGAUGCGUAAGCAAAGCUCAGCCUUUUGAAGAUCCCUGCAUUUGUAAUUUAGAUGAAUCUUCGGACAUGGAGGAUUCUGAACAUACUUUGAGCACAACGAUCAAGACAAAUAUUCAGAUGGACGAGGAAGGUCUUGGUAUCAUACUUAUUCAGAAUGGGCCUUAUCUCCAGGUUUCAGGCCUGGUAGAAAAAGGUGCUGCUGCCAGAGACGGCAAACUCCAAGCAGGCGACAUCCUCCUCAAAAUCGGACACGCCAACGUCUUAGGUUGGACCUUGCGAGAACUCAGACAGCUCCUGCAAACUGCUCCCAUAGGGACCAUUCUGCAAAUCCAGGUUUACAGGGAUUUUAUUAAAAUCCCAAUCCGGUGGCAGACUGCCCUCAUGAACAUUCCUGAAUUAAAAGGGCCUGCUGUAACAGAAUACCCUGCUGGAACUGAUCCUUCUCUACAUUUCAGCAUAGAGAGUUACGACAGUGAAGAAAAUUGGACAAGCAGCGAAGACUCGGAGAACGAGAGCAAAGAGAUGGUUGAAGAAAGUGAGAGUGACAGCGAGGAAAGCUACCAGGAACCGGAGCGCGCGAGAGCUGUGUCGGUGGGCAGUGUUCGUAGCAUCCAUAACGUCCGUAGUGUCCAUAGCGUCCGUAGCGUCCACAGUGUCCGUAGCAUCCGUAGCGUCCACAGUGUCCGUAGCAUCCGUAGCGUCCAUAACGUGAAAACUCUGCGCUCGCUUUCCAUUGAGCCUCUGAUCAAACAUCAACCCAAAUGGAUCUCCAAAGACUGGCACAUUUUUGAAAGGAAAACCUACACCUUUACGGUGGGUUCCGACAUCGGUUGCGACAUUAUGAUCCACAAGGAUUUUGAAACGGAAAGCGAGGUGGAUAUGUCAACGUUAUACUUAUCUUCGUCCUCUCCGUACUGGACUAUGCCCAAACAUAAAGCCCCGCCCUCCACAUCUUCUUCUUCCUCCGUGUCGGAUGCGUUUUGGCUCGAAAACGUUUCUUACGAAGUCGAGUAGAGAGG